AGAAUUCGACUUGUGCUCCUGGUGUUGAAUUAAAAUGUCCGAUGAGGAAAAUUCACCCGGUCCUGUGGAGGACGAAAUUGAAACGAAGCAUGAUGACUCUCUUUCAAAAGUGGACAAGAAUCGUUCGAAACGGUUCGACUAUUUGCUCAAGCAAACAGAAAUCUUCGCCCAUUUCAUGCAGAGUGGGAAGGACAAAUCUACUCCAACAUCUCCACUGAAAGUAAAGCCGGGUAGGCCGAAAAAGGAAAGGAAACUUUCGGAAGCCGGAGACCACCGACAUCGUAUGACCGAGCAAGAAGAAGACGAGGAGCUGUUGGCGGAUGCGAGCAAAACUGCGACUGCUGUGACCCAGUUCGAGGCUUCUCCACCUUAUGUCAAAAAUGGUGAAAUGCGCGAUUACCAAGUUCGAGGAUUAAAUUGGAUGAUCUCACUGAGUGAAAAUGGUAUCAACGGAAUUCUGGCCGAUGAAAUGGGUCUGGGGAAAACGCUUCAAACAAUAUCGCUACUUGGCUACAUGAAGCAUUACAAGAACAUCGAUGGACCUCAUAUGGUCAUUGUUCCUAAAUCAACGCUUGCGAAUUGGGAAGCAGAAUUCAAACGCUGGUGCCCUAGUUUGAAAGCCGUUUGCUUGAUUGGUAGCAAGGACGAUCGAGCAGCGUUCUUCAGGGAUGUCCUUCUCCCAGGCGGUUGGAAUGUAUGCAUAACGUCGUAUGAAAUGGUCAUCAGGGAAAAGGCUGUUUUGAAAAAGUUCAAUUGGAGAUAUUUGAUCAUCGACGAAGCUCAUCGAAUCAAGAACGAAAAGUCGAAAUUGUCGGAGUUCGUGCGCGAAUUUAAAACGACAAAUCGCCUGCUUUUGACCGGGACUCCGUUGCAAAACAAUCUGCAUGAGUUAUGGGCUUUGUUGAAUUUUCUUCUCCCCGAUGUUUUCAAUUCUUCUGAAGAUUUCGAUGCUUGGUUCAGCACAACCUCUUGCCUGGGUGAUCAAAGCUUGGUUCAGCGACUUCAUGGGGUUUUGAAGCCGUUUGUGUUGCGGCGAUUGAAGAGCGAAGUGGAAAAAAGCUUGAAACCGAAGAAAGAACUGAAAGUAUACAUCGGAUUAUCGGAGAUGCAGCGCGAAUGGUAUCGGAAGAUCCUCAUGAAGGAUAUCGACGUUGUCAAUGGAGCCGGAAAGAUGGACAAAAUGCGUCUUCAAAACAUCCUCAUGCAGUUGAGAAAGUGCGCGAAUCAUCCUUAUUUGUUUGAUGGAGCUGAACCCGGGCCACCCUACACGACUGACCAACAUUUGAUCGACAAUUCCGGUAAAAUGGUUCUCUUGGACAAGUUGUUGCCGAAGCUAAAAGAGCAGGGCAGUCGUUGCCUGGUCUUUUCUCAAAUGACGAGGAUGAUGGACAUUCUGGAAGACUAUUGUCUCUGGAAAGCGAUACAGUACUGUCGACUUGAUGGACAAACUCCGCACGAGGACCGAACUCGCCAGAUUGAGGAAUUCAAUGCUCCCGACAGCCAGAAGUUUCUUUUUAUGCUUUCAACUCGUGCUGGUGGUCUUGGAAUCAAUCUGGCCACAGCGGAUGUUGUAAUCUUGUUUGAUUCAGACUGGAACCCGCAAGCUGAUCUGCAAGCUAUGGAUCGGGCUCAUCGUAUUGGUCAGAAGAAACAAGUCCGCGUGUUCCGCUUCAUCACCGAAAACACCGUCGAAGAACGGAUAAUCGAGCGUGCUGACAUGAAGCUUCGUUUGGACAGACUUGUCAUCCAGCAAGGACGCUUGGUUGACCAGAAGGGGAAAACGCUUGGCAAGGAGGAAAUGCUAUCCAUGAUUCGUCAUGGUGCGGAUCACAUUUUUGCGUCGAAGGAUUCGGAUGUGACCGACGCUGAUAUUGACGCAAUUCUGGAUCGUUCUCAAGCCAGAACGGAUGAGUUGAAUGCCAAAUUGGCUCAGCUCGGCGAAUCAGAGCUGCAAAGCUUUUCCAUGGACGCAGCCGAGGGCUCUUCCGUUUAUCAAUUCGAAGGCGAGGAUUACAGGGCGAAGCAAAAGGCUUUACUCGGACGCUGGAUUGAGCCGCCGAAACGAGAGCGGAAGGCCAAUUAUGCAGUAGACGCGUAUUUUAGAGAGGCAUUGAGGGUUUCUGAACCGAAAGCCCCGAAGGCUCCGAGGCCUCCGAAACAGCCGCAGAUCCAGGAUUUCCAGUUUUUCCCUACCAAGCUGUUCGAACUGUUGGAAAAGGAGAUUGUUCAUUACCGAAAAACCGUGAACUAUAGGAUUCCAAGAACGCCUGAUUUGACUCCUGAAGAAAUCGCGAGAGUGGAUGAAGAGCAGCGUAUGAUUGACGAAGCAGAACCAUUGGAUGAGGAGGAAAUAGCUCUGAAAGAGAAGUUGUUGCAAGACGGUUUCACAAACUGGAGUCGCCGAGAUUUCAAUCAGUUCGUGAAAGCCAACGAAAAGCACGGUCGGAAUAAUUUGGACGCGAUUUGUCGCGAGGUUGACGGGAAGACACCGAAAGAGGUCGAGGAAUAUGCUCAGGUCUUCUGGGAACGCGUGAAUGAAUUGCAAGAUGCCGAGCGGAUCUUGGGACAAAUUGUCAAGGGAGAAAAUAAGAUCCAACGUAGGGCUUCAAUUAAAAAGUCUCUCGAGGCGAAGAUCGCCCAGUAUCCAGCACCAUUCCACCAGUUGCGCAUUUCGUACGGAACAAACAAAGGGAAGAACUACGUUGAAGAAGAGGAUAGGUUUUUAGUAUGCAUGCUGCAUAAGCUUGGGUUUGACAAGGAAAAUGUUUACGAGGAUCUUCGCAAUUGCAUUCGAACAACUUCUCAAUUUAGGUUCGACUGGUAUAUUCGAUCGAGGACAGCCAUGGAGCUUCAACGGCGUUGCAACACAUUGAUCACAUUGAUUGAAAAGGAAAUCCAAGAAUUGGAAGAAAAGGAGGCAAAGACUGAGAAGAAGAAGCGGGGACCGAAACCCAAGUCAGAGAGGGAAGAUGCCGCAGGCGGCGGAAAAGAUGGGAAGAUGGACAAGGAGAAUACGGAUGAUGUGAAUCGCAAGAGCCAAAAACGGAAAACGGAUAUUGCCGAGAAGGAAGGCGGGAAGAAGAAGGGGAAGCGCGAUUGGCACUCGUGUUUGUUUUUAACGAUCUGGUUGGUACUACUGCGUGCUUGGAAGACAUGCUUGUGUUUGCAUUCCAUCGCCAGGAUGCUAAAGAAUACCAGGGCUGAAAAGUACAUGACCAUGGUUAUUGUAGCAGCUGGUGCUGCUGCAGAUACCAGCAGCAUGAUUGCUGGUGUAAUUCAUCACCCUAAGCCCAAAAGGCGCAGCUGGGUGAAGUGGGUCUCCGUGGCCACGCUCACGCUGCAGAAUGUGUCCUUCUUGGUACUUUUGCGGUACACCAGGACUAGACCAGGGUCUGGAGAGCGGUUCUCCACAGUGGCUGCAGUUGCCAUCGGCGAGAUGGUCAAGGCGGUGGCGAGUCUGGUUUUGUUGGCCUGUCAUGUGGGGCUCUCCGAGGGCGUCAGUCAGCUCAGGGAUGUUUUCACUGUUGACGUUCUGGACACAGUGAAAGUGAGUGUGCCUGCCAUCACUUACGCCAUCAUGAACUGCCUCCUCCUCUUUGCUGGCGGAAACCUCAGCGUCGCCACCUAUCAGAUCAUCUAUCAAACAAAGAUUCUCACAGCGGCUCUCUUCAUGCGGAUCCUUCUUCAGCGCCAGCUCUCGCGCACCCAGUGGAGCGGCCUCGGCCUGCUUUCAAUAGGUGUCGCCACCGCCGAAUACGCCAGGGAAAUGGCGACCCCAACUAGUCAUGACCCGACCAGCACAGAUGCUGGAACCAAUUUCAGUGCUGGCGUCUCGGCAGCAUUAGCAGCAUCCCUGGCUCUCAUCCUGGCUGCGGUUUUGUCCGGUUUCAGUGGCGUGUAUGUGGAGAAGAUCCUCAAGUCAGAUGGCUCUGCGGGCCGGUCCUUGUGGCUCCGUAAUGUGCAACUGAGUGUGAUUGCAAUUCCGUUCGCCCUCGCGGUCUUCAUGUAUUCUGCCGAUAGUUCAGCUGACUUGUUCCGAGGGUUCGAUGAUGUGUUUGCUUGGCUUGUGCCCAUCAUGCACGGGAUUGGGGGUCUCAUAGUGGCUGUGGUUGUGAAACAUGCGGAUAACAUUUGGAAGGGCUUCGCGACGUCUGUGGGCAUUGUGCUGGGCUUGGUGGUGGAUUCCAUGUAUUUCCGGGAUCCGUUUCACCCGUUGUUGCCAGGGAGUGCCACCUUGGUGAUUGCGGCAAUAUUUUUGUACUCGGAAGCGAAAAGCCGGUGUUGUUAUUCAUCCGAAACCGCUGAUGCUGACGGAUUGCGAUACCAGUCAACUGCCGCUGCAGCUCAGGCGUUGCAAAGUGCUCCGGUCACAGAAGUUACGAAGCUUGAAAAUGGCCUGCAGGUUGCCAGUGAAGAUACCGGGUCUAAAACGGCUACUGUUGCUGUAUGGAUCAACGCAGGAGCUCGAUUCGAAAACGACAGCAACAAUGGUGUGGCUAAUUUUGUGGAACACCUUGCGUUUAAGGGAACUGCGAAAAGAUCGCAAGCUGAUCUUGAAGCGGAAGUGGAAAGCAUCGGCGCAAAGCUUCAUGCUCACACAAGUAGGGAACGCACCGUGUUCUAUGCGAAGUGUUUGUCAAAAGACGUCCCGAAAGCCGUGGAGAUUCUCUCUGAUGUUGUUCAGAACGCGAAGUUCAGCGAAGGCGACGUCGAGCGAGAACGGGAUGUUAUUUUGAAGGAAGCCGAUGCAAUGGAAUCAAAUUACCGCGAAGUUGUGUUGGAUCACCUUCACUCGAUUGCCUAUCAGGGAACUCCUCUGCAACGGAGUGUUCUCGGUCCAACAAAGAACAUCAAAGCUAUGAAGCGGGAGAACAUCGUGGACUAUGUCGACAACAACUUCAAAGCCCCAAGGAUGGUCCUUGCUGCAGCCGGGGGUGUGGACCACAGUGAAUUGAGUCAGGUCGCAAAGCAGCACCUGGCCUCGACUUCGAUCCAUUACAAAGGAGAAAUCCCGAAAAUUGAGCACUGUCGGUAUACGGGAUCGGAGAUUCGCGUUAGAAAUGACGAUCUGCCAUUUGUGCAUGUUGCCUUGGCGGUGGAAUGCCCUGGUUGGUCAAAUGAGGACACGUUGCCGCUGCAGCUCGCAUCCUCUCUGUUGGGUAGUUGGGAUCGCACGCACGGCGGUGGCAAAAUCGUAGCCAACCGGCUGGCAGCUCAGUGCCAUGAAUACAGUUUAUGCGACACCUACGAAUCUUUUACCAUCUCUCACAAGGACACUGGCCUGUGGGGAAUUUAUUUCGUUGCGAGUUCUUCACUGACAUCGUUGACCUCGGAUCAUUUGCAGGACAUGGUUUUUGCCAUCCAACAAGAAUGGAUGCGCAUUUGCACAAAUCUGGGCGCCUUCGAAGUCGAGCGUGGAAAGAACCUUCUGAGACAUAAGUUGUAUUCUCGCUUGGACUCUUCCACCGCGGUAUGCGAGGACAUUGGUCGUCAACUCCUACUCGCUGGCCGACGAGUACCUCUUGCUGAAAUUGAAUCACGGAUUCAGGCUCUGACGGUCAAUGACGUGAAAAGCGCGAUGAUGAAGUAUAUCUACGAUCGUUGUCCUGUCGUUGCUGGCGUUGGGCCGACGGAAAACCUUCCCGACUACAACGUGGUGCGAUCUUCAAUGUACUGGCUUCGGCUAUAGGUUUUUUUUUGAGGCCAAAAUCGGGAUAAGCAGUCAUUUCUCGAAAUUUUGAUUUGUUGUCUCUGUGAGUGCUCUGGCCGGUUAUUCCUUCGUUUAUCACGAAUUAGCUUGGAAAACCUCCGUUUAUUGCGGAUUAAAAAAAAUCAUUGUCGCAUUCA